ACUUCGAUACAAUCCUGGUUUCUUUGUGUUUGUGUAUGUGUAAUUGUGGAUUCUGUUUCUAGAAUUAGGGUUUUUCUCUGAUGGGUGUGGAGGGAGGAGAGUCAACUCAAAAAGGCGUCGCUUCCGUUGACGGUGCCGAUGCAGAGAUCGCCCUCAACAUCCGAUGUUCUAACGGCAAUAAGUUCUCGGUGAGAACGAGCCUUCGAUCAACGGUUGUCGCUUUCAAAGAUGUUUUGGCUCAGAACUGUGAUGUUCCUGCCAAUCAACAGAGGUUGAUUUAUAAAGGAAGAAUCUUGAAGGAUGAUCAAACCCUAGAUAGUUAUGGCCUGCAGGCAGAUCACACGAUUCACAUGGUGCGUGGUUCUGCUCCAGCUGCUUCUGCACCAGCUACUGGCGGUUCUACUGCUGGAAAUGCUAAUACUCCCUCGGUUGUUUCUCAAGGUGCUGUUUCCAAUGAUGGGUUCGGCUUAGGUGGUGCUGGCACUGGUGCACCCCUAUUUCCCGGACUUGGUUUGGGUGGACUUGGGGGUUCUGGUGCAUUUGGGUCUGGACUUCCUGAAUUCGAACAAGUCCAACAGCAAUUAACUCAGAAUCCCAAUAUGAUGAGAGACAUGAUGAACAUGCCAGCAAUUCAAAACAUACUGAAUAACCCUGAGGUCAUGCGUGGGAUGAUUAUGAGCAAUCCGCAGAUGCGUGAAAUCAUUGACCGUAACCCUGAGCUUGCUCAUAUUCUUAACGACCCUGCAAUUCUUAGGCAGACACUGGAAGCAGCAAGGAAUCCUGAGCUUAUGCGUGAAAUGAUGCGGAACACUGAUAGGGCCAUGAGUAAUAUUGAAUCAUCUCCCGAGGGAUUCAACAUGCUUAGACGUAUGUAUGAAAACGUUCAAGAACCUUUUCUGAAUGCUACAACGACUGGUGGAGCUGCUGCAAAUGAUUCAGGAUCUAACCCAUUUGCGGCUUUGUUGGGGAAUCAGGGUGCUGCUACUCAAACUAGGGGCUUAUCUAACAAUCCUUCAGCAACAGGCACUGAAACAACUCCAGGGGCUGCAGCUCCUAAUUCUAACCCACUUCCCAAUCCUUGGGGUGGCACCGGUGGUGGUACCCAGACAAAUCCUGGUACAAGAUCAAAUCUUGGGGAUGCAAGGACGCCUCUGGUAUCUGGGUUAGGUGGUCUUGGUCUGCCAGGGUUAGACCGCACAACCGGCAUGCCAGACCUGAGUCAGCUAAUGCAAAACCCAGCCGUUUCUCAGAUGAUGCAAAGCCUGCUUUCCAAUCCCCAAUAUAUGGAGCAGAUCGUGAGCCAAAAUCCUCAACUUCGCAGUAUGUUUGAUUCAAACCCUCAGUUGAGAGAGAUGAUGCAGAAUCCAGAAGUGCUUCGCCAAUUAACUUCACCUCAGAUGAUGCAGCAAAUGAUGUCUUUACAGCAGCUUCUACCUCAGCUUAACCAGCAGCAAUCAUCUUUGGAUCCUACCCAGACCGGUGCUGCUGCAGGAACACAAAACAAUAUGGGGUUGGACUUGUUGAUGAGUAUGUUUGGUGGACUCGGAGCUCCUGGCAUGGCUGUUCCUAAUGUGCCUGAUGUGCCACCGGAACAGCUUUAUGCGACUCAACUAUCGCAGCUUCAAGAGAUGGGAUUCUUCGAUACCCAAGAGAACAUCAGGGCUUUACGUGCUACUUCAGGCAAUGUUCAUGCCGCAGUGGAGAGACUGUUGGGAAACUUUGGUCCGUGAUGUCGUUUUGUUCUAUUUAAAAGACAAACGGUUGGUCGGUUUGAAAGUAUUCUUUGUAGACGAAGGGAGGCAUGUCGAUUUUAUUUCGAGGGAGUGUGAAUAAUGGACUUAGAAAGAAAUAUUACAACAGUUGGUGGACAACCAGCCUCCCUCCCUUAAGCAAAACCUUUUGUUGUUUAUUGUACAAACAGAUUUCUUUCAUAGUUUUCAUUGCUGUUUUAUUAUCA